CUUGAUUAAGCUCAACUGCCGACUUGUUUACUAUAAAUAUGCACAGUGGGCAUCAGGGAAGCCCGGGUGGACUAAAAACGUUGGUCACGCCAUAAAAGCAGCAUUAAGACGGCAAGGUUGUCCGACCAUAGUGUAGACCUAUAUCAGUAAAGAGGUCGUAGUUGGAGGCCUGAAGAUGCUUAUGUCUCCCAUCCGUUGUAUCAUCCUUCUUCUCCUUGUGAACUUCGUCUAUUCUGGACGAGUUCUGAGGAAGAUCAAGGAGCACGUGCGUAAAAUCCAGUAUGAGAAAGCGAAGAAAAAUGUGCUGAUGAGCGCAGUCAACGGGCAUAAGCCCAUGAGCGAAGUGAGAGACGGGAAAAUUCACCAACCCCUGGACCACUUCGACAGUCAAAACGAUGAAACCUUUCCUCAGAGGUUUUUCGUGAAUGAAGCCUAUUGGGAGCGUCCUCAUGGCCCAGUGUUCCUAUUCAUCGGAGGGGAGGGCCCCAUCUCUGAGUUCAAUGUGCUGGCAGGCCACCAUGUGGACAUGGCUGAGGAGCAUGGGGCUCUGCUUGUGGCCCUGGAGCAUCGUUUCUACGGCGAGAGCAUCAACAAAGAUGGCCUGGAGACUGAGAACCUGGGAGACCUGUCCAGCCAGCAGGCUCUUGCCGACGUCGCAGAAUUCCAUCAAUACAUCAGCGAUCGCUUUGACCUCUCUGACAAGAAUACCUGGAUCAGCUUUGGAGGUUCCUAUGCUGGGGCCUUGUCUGCCUGGCUCAGGGGAAAGUUCCCUCACCUGGUCUAUGGUGCUGUGGCCUCCUCUGCUCCUGUCAAAGCCAAACUGGACUUCUCCACCUUCAACAAAGUGGUGGGUCUGAGCCUUGCGGACGAGGACGUUGGAGGUUCAGAUAAGUGUGUGGGGGACAUCUGGGAGGCCUUUGCUGCCGUGGAGGCCGCCCUGUUUGCAGGAAAUGCCACUGAGGUGGGGAAGGACUUUGGGUGCUGUGAGAUCCCUGAAGAUCUGGAGGACCAGAUCGAGGUCAUGCAGAGCCUUGCUGACAUCGUCAUGGGAACCGUGGAGUACAACGAGGAGGGGGGAAUCCUGACUAUUGAGGAGAUCUGUAAAAUAAUGACCAAUGAGACAGAGACCUACGAUUCGGAGACUGAGGCAUACGACCGGCUGAUCAAGCUGGUGCAGAUCUACCGGGCCACAGGCGAGGAGCCCUGUCUGGAUGCGUCCCACAAGCAGACCAUCCAGGACCUGAGUGACACGAAUCUGGACUCUGCCUACAAUGGAGAGAGACAGUGGUACUACCAGACCUGCACUGAGUUCGGCUUCUUCCAGACGUGUGAGGACGCCAGCUGUCCCUUCUCCCGCAUGCUGACCCUGCAGGCUCAGACCGACCUGUGUCCUGAGGUGUUCAACAUCCCCCAGCACAGUCUGCCUGGACACAUCGCCUUCACCAACAAGUACUAUGGAGGAGACCACCCCGACACCGACAGGGUGCUCUAUGUCAACGGUGACAUUGACCCCUGGCGUGAGCUCAGCGUUCUGGAAGAGGACUUGGACAAGGAGGACAAAGACAUGACCAUCCUCAUCAAGGGCACCGCCCACUGUGCCGACAUGAACCCCGGCGGCGCUGCAGACCGCCCCGCCCUGAAGCAGGCCCGCAAAGCCAUUGAGAGGAAAGUUGCCAAGUGGCUGAAGGAAGCUGCCUGGAAGCUUGUGGGCUGAUGGACCCAACGACAGGUUACCUGAUAAUCUGACCUUCCUGACCAUCACUCAGCCAAUCAAACUUUGGGCAGUGAAUCACAUGGUGCUGUGGACUGAGCCCCUCUUCAUGUUUCUCCCCAUGGGUCAGGUCCUCUAAGCUGGUGUUCUUCUGUUUUAUUCUAACAUUCUUCUAGUGUUUUCCUAUUGUUUUUCCUGGUGUUUUCCUAAUGUUUUUCUAGUGUUUCUCCUAUGGUCUUUCCUGGUGUUUUUCUGGUGUUUUCCUAUUGUUUUUCCUGGUGUUUUCCUAUUGUUUUUCCUGGUGUUUUCCUAUUGUUUUUCCUGGUGUUUUCCUAAUGUUUUUCUAAUGUUCUUCUAGUUUUUACGUUUGUGGUUUUCUAACGUUUGUGUUUUUCCUAACGUUUUUAUAGUGUUUUUCUAACGUUUUCAUAGUGUUUAUUGAACGUUUUUAUAGCGUGCUUGAAUUUACUCCAGUAUAUAAGUUAUAUUUUAAUAGACAGUUUUAGUAAUUUAGGGAAACACUUAUAAUGCUGUACACAGUAUUUAAGUUUCCUAACUACGUACUGGUAGCGUAUAGCUAACCAGAGAGUCUCCGUAUAAGACGACUUUAACAUCAUGGAGUGUUCUAAGGUUUACAGACUGUUCACACAUUUUCCUUGGUCUGGAUUCAGUGAAGUUAUCUCAGACAAAACAUUAUCUGAAUGUGUGCUGGAUUGCUUUGUAGCUUGUGUGGAUCUUUUUAAGAGGAGUUCAUUUGAUUUAAUCCUGCAAGUUGGAAAAGUAUCAUCAAUAAAAGUUUGCUCAUAA